AUGUUCAGCUCUAGCCGAGAAAUCGUAGAAUAACUAAACUUUGAGCAAUAUCCAUAAAUGAGACACUUUUUAGAAAAAUGCUAUAUUUAAGAGUAACAGGAAUUUAAUGCUCUUCCUUUCGAAAAAUAAGUUCGAAUAGAUAAAAAAAAAAUCAUAGACGUCAGGGCUAAAUAAAUAAAGGUGCUGUUCGAUUGUGAUAAAUCUAUUUUCGAUAAAGAGUUUUACAUGCCUCUAUAGUUAGGGGAAGAUCUGAAUGGUCAUGAUUUUUUCUUAGAAAAGUCUGGUAUGAAUGAUCCACUUUUAGAUAAUCUGAUGGCAAGUAAUUAUCAAGAAUCUGACAUUGGAAGAGUCAACUGUGUACAAAUUAUUGAUUCAAAGGGAUAAGAUUAAUUGAAAACAUAAAUCUAUACUGAUACUGAUUAAUUUCAGACUGAUAUGUAAUCUAACCUUGAUGCUUAAACUCAAGCAGGUUCAUCAGUUGAAAAUUCAGAUUAAUCUCAAUCUAUGAAUGGAACAUUAACAUAUUCUUCUCAAAAUUUGGUAAAUAUAAAGGACCAAAGGUCUCAAAUUGAAAUUGACUCAUAAGUUGAUAUCAGUGAUUAUUUUCUAAGAAACGUUCAUACUUAAGACUAACACAGUAUUCAAGAAAUUUUGACAGACGAACAGUAUGAAUAUGAGUGGUAAAAUAAAUAAAACACUUGCAAAUAUUAAGACAAUUAACAUGAACCUUUUAAUGAAGAAGUCAUGCAACUAGAAUCUCAAUUUUAAAAAAGUGAUUCUGAUUCGUUUUAGGAAAUCAAUAUCGAUGCUAAAGAUUAACCUUUAGUUAAGAAACUUAUCUCUAGUAUUCCAAAGGCAAUCAAAGAAAAAAAGAAAUUAAUUGACGGAAAAACUCUAAGAUAAUGUAUAGUAGAAGAUGAGCUAAUUUAGUCUUAAGUACAAGUAUUAAAUGCUUUCUUUAAUGGAAAGAUUGAUAUGAAAUUCUUGUUGGGAGAUGAGAAGUGA